AUGAUGUUGAAUUCUCUGUCUCGAUAUCUGAUUCAAUCUUUUUGGAAAGUUGACCAAAGAAAAUAUAAAUAUGUUUCUGCCUUAUUAUCGUCAACAUCAUCGUCGCCAUCAAUGAAAUUAAAUUUGAAUAUGAAAAAAUUAAUUGAUUCUCAACAAUAUAGACAAGCUCUUGCAAUUUUUGAUCGUCAAAUAUCUAUAGGUGAUCAAGUAACAUUUACUUUAGCUUUAAAAGCUUGUACAAAAUUGAAUGAUUAUCAAUACGGUAUUCGAAUUCAUCAACAGUUAUCAUUGAAAGCACUUGAAGACCCAUAUCUUCAAACAUCACUAAUUCAUUUCUAUAUGCAAUGUCACAAUAUUGAUCAAGCUGAUAAAAUUUUUUCAACUAAGAAGAAUAAAACCGUUUACACAUAUGGUGCAAUGUUCAAAGGUUAUAUUUCGAAUAAUAUGCCAGAAAAAGUUAUUGAAUUAUUUGAGAAAAUAUCAAUAAAAAUAGAUGAAGUAAUUAUUAUAUUAUUAUUUAAUGCUUGUGCUAAACUUUGCAAUAAUCGUGCAAUUAAAACUGGAAGAGAUGCACUUAAUCGAUUACCAACUUCGUUUCUUCAAAAUCAAAAAUUAAUAAAUGCAGCUAUUGAUAUGUUAAUGAAAUUUGGUGAUGUCAAUCAAGCGGAAGUUUUGUUUGAAAAAACUCAAAACAAAACUCUUGUAACAUAUGGAGCAAUGAUGCAAGGUUAUGUUACGAAUAAUUUAUCUGAUAAAGCAUUAGAUUUAUUUGAAAAAAAUCCUUUAAAAUCUAAUGAAGUUUUAUACUCAAUUGUAUAUAAUGCAUGUGCUUCAUUGUCAAAUGAAAAAGCCAUUCAAUUAGGAAAGAAAAUAUUUGACAAAAUGCCAAAGAGAUAUCUUCAUGAUAAUGUUUUAGUUAAUUCAACAAUUCAUAUGUUUAUGAGUUUUGGCGAAAUAGAAAUUGCUGAAAAUCUCUUCUCACAUAUUAAAGACAAGACUUCAUAUACUUAUGGUGCAAUGAUAAAUGGUUAUAAAAUCAAUCAAGAACUACAGAAAUGUUUAUUACUUUUUGAAGAAAUUAAAAAAGAAAAUUUAAUAAUAGAAGAACCUAUAUUUCUAUCAUUAAUUGGAGCAUGCUCUCAAAUAGGAAUACGUUCAAUUUGUGAACAUAUUGUUCGUCAAAUACCUCUUUCGCAACCGAGUAUUUAUUUACAAAAUGCUUUGAUCGAUAUGUGGGGUAAAUCAGGUGAUGUUAAUCAAGCUAAACAAAUAUUUCAAUCCAUCUCUCAACCUGAAAUUAUUAGUUAUAAUUCUAUGAUAAAUGUAUAUGCAAGAAAUGGAAUGGGCUAUGAAGCAAUUGAUUUAUAUAAUAAAAUAGAUGAAAAUAUUCGUGAUAAAAUUUCUCAUAUUUGUGUUUUAAAUGCUUGUUCUCAUUCGGGUCUUAUUGAUCAAGCUCAAAUGAUAUUCAAUAAAAUUGAAAAAAAAUCAGUAGAAAUUAUUACCACAAUGAUCGAUUGUCUUAGUCGUAUGGCUAUGUUUGAUCAAGCACAAAAAUUGAUCGAUGAUUAUGAAAAGUCAAAUUCACCUGAUUCGAUUAUGUAUACAGCCAUGUUGUCAGGUGCUCGAAAUCAUCGUCAUCUUGUUCUUUCAGAAAAAUUGUACAAUCAAAUGAAAUCAUUAUUUUCUAAUGAAAAAUCAGAUUUGAUUUCUGCAUCGAUCCUAUUAUCAAAUACUUACUCUUCUUUGGGACAUGAGCAACAAGGUGAAGCAAUAAGAAUUGAUCGAAUAAAACAAUUUGGCAAAAAUGCCAAAGUUGGUGUAUCAUGGACUGAAGUUAAUGGUCAACUUGUGAGAUUUCACGCUCAUGAUCGUUCUCAUCGUCAAUCCAAUGAAAUCUAUGCUGAACUUGAGCGUUUAUCAAAUGAAUUAAGAGAACAUGGCUAUGAAUAUGAUUCAACUUGGAUUACUCGUCCAUUGAAAGAUGGAGAAACUGUUGAAUCUGUUUUAUGUGGUCAUAGUGAAAAACUUGCCAUUGCAUUUAAUUUUAUUCAACAUCCUCGACCAUCAUUUAUUCAGAUAACAAAAAAUCUUCGUGUCUGUGGAGAUUGUCAUCGUGCAACGAAACUUAUUGCGAAAAUUCGACAAUGUGACAUCAUUGUACGUGAUGCUAAUCGCAUUCAUCAUUUUCAUACGAAUGGACAAUGUUCUUGUCAAGAUCAUUUUUAA